AUGGGUGGAGGCGGAAAGAUCCCGUACCCCAAGGAAGUCUGGUCCCCCGCGGGAGGCUGGUACGCUCAGCCGGCCAACUGGAGGGUCAACACCGCAAUCAUGGGCGCCUUUGUUGUUGGUGUGGCUGCAGUUACCUGGGGCCUUAGUGCCGAAAGAGAGUAUCGCGACCGGAUGCCCGAGCCUGGCCGGUUCUUCCCCAGUCGAUACUGGAGCAAGCAGAUUAUCGAGCACGAGAGACAGCAGGUUGCGAAGAACGAGUCAUAG